CACAACAAUACAUUUACAGUGAGUGCAUUUUGUCCAAAGGGAUUUACAGUGCGCUAACAUCAUUCACUAAACAUUUUAGGACUGUUUUCUGUAUGCGCCGACCCGGUGACUUUUAUUUUGAAACGAUAGUUUUGCAGUGUGCAGAGCUUCACAGGACUGACGAACUGAAUUUUGUGGGAACGAGAUGAUGUCAUCACGUUUAUUUCGCAUUACUCGGUUUCCUUUAACUGGAUGUCGAUAUCAUCAUGCAAGACUAAACCGGAUCAACUCACACACUCACGUGCAGCAUAAUAGCAGCCCGGUUUGGCACCGGCACCGGCUGACGUCACUCUCCACGCGUACAGGGCAAAUCCAACCUGUCUCGUUGUGUUCUGAUCUGGCCUCAAAGAAAUACAAUCUAAUUUAUGCGUUUCCAGCAAUCAAAGGUCUGCGGGCCCUGUCAAGACUCAAACUGAUGCAGACGGGCAUUACUGUCAUCUUAUUGCCCACUGUGUAUUAUCUGUACCUGCAGGGACAGGCUUCAGUAACCCUACUGACUUACUCCACAGGCAUAGCUGUGUUUGCUGGCAUUAUGCUUUAUUCCAUAAGCCAUUAUGUCAGGAGAGUGGUCGGCAUGAUGUAUUUGGAUUCAACGCAGACCACCUUAAAGGUGUCACACCUGACCUUCUGGGGCCACAGGAGAGACAUAUACCUGCCCGUGUCGGAUGUGAUGACCCUCGGAGAUGCUGGUGAUACCAAAGGAGAACCUAUUCUUCGCUUUAAGCGCUACAGCAGUUCUGAUUCAAUGUUCUUCUCCACCAGACUGGGACGAGUGGUGGAUAAAGAUGCUUUUGAGAAGGUUUUUGGGAGUAUGGAGUGAUUCUUGACCUGCUGUGGUUCAAUUUGUCAUGUCAGACAUCACUGGAUAUUGUUUGCCAGUUGACAAAUAAAAGUGUAUUUCACAUAAUUUGUAAGAAGCAUAAAUGCUAAAUGUACCAUAUUAAUUUCUCAUUAAACGUGUCGUUUGCAUAAACAUUUUUGUUACAGUGACAGUUUCUUUUAGUUUCUAAAGUUCCACUCUAAAAAAUUGUCAAGGGGAAGUGUUUUGUCAAGCAGACAUGAUCAAAGGUACAGACGUGUAUGUAAACACAUUUUUCCAGAGAAAAGAAGUGUACUCACAAAAUAAGUACUGAGUAAAGCACCUGCAAUUUCCACAAUAAACAGUAGGUGGCGGUACAUGACAGCAAUGCGUUAUCGGCCAACAGCUCACUUGAAAUAAAAGUAUUUUGGUAAUCCCAAUUUAAGUGUCACAGUUGAAAACUAUUAAUAAUAUUAUAUAUAAUAUUGUAUUAAUUAAUAUUAAUGACUCAUUCACGUGUUGUGGGGAAUAUGAUUAUUUAUACACAUUUAAUGCACAUAAGGUUGUUUUUUAUGGUAG